CUCCAAGGAGGGGCUUCAACGUAAUUCCGCUUCACAUCAUCCAGCUGUUCACGCAUUUACCAACACCAUCAUUGCCCCUAAUUUUACCAAAAAGCCCCUAGGGUCCAAUUUCCAGCUCUGCAACUGCAUGCAUGCCAUCACAAUUUCACAGCACACACUCACUGUAUCCUCCUCCUAAUUCCGUGAUUCAAGUAUUCAAUUCAAUCUCAAACAAAUUGAAAAGGAAAUCAAACGGAAAAAGAUUUCGACGCCGGAGAAAAUAAAAUAAUAGAGGUUUAACCGCCGGCGAUGGAAACCAAAACGGAGGAAAAUGAAGGAAGGCUUUUAGUGCUUAACAAGAUGUUUUAAGUUUUAACUUUUCCGUAAGCCUUUGUUGACCGAGUCAAACAGCUCGCCGUCACCUUAAAGGAACAACACAACUACCGGUGCGGCGUUUAAUUACGACGUCGUUUUCUCAAAUAGCUCAAGUGUUGUUGAAUUUCGCCUUGUGAAUUACGGUGGAUCUGUCACUCGUUUCAAUUCUGAGUAGGGAUCGGAGGGCGUGAUGGUAUCGAGAGGGCUGUUCGGUUGGUCCCCGCCGCACAUACAGCCUCUCACUCCGGUGUCUGAGGUUUCGGAGCCGCCGGAGUCGCCGUCUCCGUAUAUUGAUCCCGGUGCCGAGACUUCGGCGUCGCAGCAGGUUGAGGUGGAGGAGGAGAUCGAGGAGCCGGAGGAGGUUGAGCCGCCGCCAGCUGCCGUUCCUUUCUCCCGCCUCUUCGCCUGCGCCGAUCGUUUUGACUGGUUCCUUAUGAUCCUCGGCUCCCUCGCCGCCGCAGCUCACGGUACCGCUCUCGUCGUUUACUUGCAUUUCUUUGCCAAAAUCAUCCAUGUUCGUCAGCAAGAUGACCAGUUUCACAGGUUCAAGGAGCUGGCUUUAACCAUUGUUUAUAUUGCUGGGGGAGUUUUUGCUGCUGGCUGGAUUGAGGUUUCAUGUUGGAUUUUGACCGGAGAACGGCAGACUGCUGUUAUCAGGUCAAAAUAUGUUCAAGUAUUGCUUAAUCAAGAUAUGAGCUUUUUUGAUACUUAUGGGAAUAAUGGAGAUAUCGUGAGUCAAGUAUUGAGUGAUGUGCUGCUCAUUCAGUCUGCACUUAGUGAAAAGGUUGGGAAUUAUAUUCAUAACAUGGCUACAUUCUUCAGUGGUCUUGUUAUUGGUUUUAUCAAUUGUUGGCAGAUUGCAUUGAUAACAUUAGCUACAGGUCCAUUUAUCGUUGCGGCAGGAGGAAUAUCAAAUAUAUUCCUUCAUAGGCUUGCUGAGAAUAUCCAGGAUGCAUAUGCUGAAGCAGCCAGCAUUGCUGAACAGGCAAUUUCGUAUAUAAGGACCUUGUAUGCAUUUACAAAUGAAACUCUGGCUAAAUAUUCAUAUGCAACAUCACUGCAAGCUACUCUUAGAUAUGGUAUAUUAAUCAGUCUUGUUCAAGGGCUUGGUCUUGGAUUUACAUAUGGGCUUGCAAUAUGUUCUUGUGCAUUACAACUCUGGGUUGGAAGGUUCUUGGUUGUGCACAGAAAAGCUCAUGGUGGUGAAAUUAUAACAGCUUUGUUUGCUGUGAUUCUAAGUGGCUUGGGAUUGAAUCAAGCGGCAACGAAUUUCUACUCAUUUGAUCAAGGGCGAAUAGCUGCUUAUAGAUUGUUUGAGAUGAUAAGCCGGUCAUCCUCAUCUUUUAAUCAUGAUGGCAGUGCCCCUGCUUCAGUGCAAGGGAAUAUAGAGUUCCGCAAUGUUUAUUUCAGUUAUCUUUCUCGUCCUGAAAUCCCUAUCUUGAGUGGGUUUUAUCUCACUGUUCCUGCUAAGAAAGCUGUGGCACUUGUUGGCAGAAAUGGCUCUGGCAAAAGUAGUAUUAUUCCACUCAUGGAGCGAUUCUAUGAUCCUACAUUAGGAGAAGUUCUUUUAGAUGGUGAAAACAUCAAGAAUUUGAAACUGGAAUGGCUUAGAAGCCAAAUUGGACUGGUCACCCAGGAACCUGCAUUGCUCAGUUUGAGUAUAAGAGACAACAUUGCUUAUGGGAGGGAUGCAACCAUGGAUCAAAUUGUAGAGGCUGCUAAAAUAGCUCAUGCACAUGCGUUUAUCAGCUCGUUAGAUAAAGGUUAUGACACUCAGGUUGGGAGGGCUGGUAUAGCUUUGACAGAAGAGCAGAAAAUAAAACUAUCUGUUGCAAGAGCUGUGCUUUUGAAUCCAUCGAUUCUUCUGCUUGAUGAGGUUACUGGUGGACUUGAUUUUGAGGCUGAGAGGUCUGUUCAGGAGGCCCUUGAUCUACUUAUGUUGGGACGCUCAACAAUAAUAAUUGCUCGAAGGCUUAGUCUCAUACGUAAUGCUGAUUAUAUAGCUGUUAUGGAGGAAGGUCAACUUGUUGAAAUGGGUACUCAUGAUGAGUUAUUAAGCCGGGAUGGCUUAUAUGCAGAGCUUCUUCGCUGUGAAGAGGCCACAAAACUUCCCAAAAGGAUGCCUAUUCGGAACUACAAGGAUGCUGGAGUUUUCCAAAUUGAGAAAGAUUCUUCAGAAAGUUUGAGAGAACCAUCAUCCCCCAAAAUGAAUAAAUCACCCUCUCUUCAAAGAAUUGCUGGAGUAUUUCGGCCUUCGGAUGGCUUCUUUAACUCACAAGAUUCACCAAAAGCACGGAGCCCACCACCUGAGAUGAUGCUAGAAAAUGGUGCAGAUAAGGAGCCAUCGAUAAAAAGGCAGGACAGUUUUGAAAUGAGACUGCCAGAGCUGCCCAAGAUUGAUGUCCAGUCUGUGAAUCGACAAGCAUCAAAUGGUUCCGACCCGGAAUCCCCUAUUUCACCUCUAUUAACGUCUGAUCCUAAAAAUGAACGCUCUCAUUCCCAGACUUUUAGUAGGCCAGAGAGUCAUUCUGAUGAUAUGUCAGUGAAAAUGGAUCUAACAAAGGAUGCACGACAUCGGGGGCAACCCUCACUUUGGAGGCUCGCUGAGCUUAGUUUGGCUGAGUGGCUUUAUGCUGUGUUAGGAAGCACGGGUGCUGCUAUCUUUGGUUCUUUCAACCCACUUCUUGCUUAUGUUAUUGGCAUGGUGGUGACGGCUUACUAUAGAAUUGAUGAGGCAAAUCACUUGCAGGGGGAAGUAAACAAGUGGUGCUUGGUCAUUGCUUGCAUGGGCGUCGUGACAGUUAUUGCCAACUUUUUGCAGCAUUUCUACUUUGGCAUUAUGGGGGAGAAAAUGACAGAAAGAGUCAGGAGAAUGAUGUUUUCGGCCAUGCUACGCAAUGAAACUGGAUGGUUCGAUGAAGAGGAAAACAGUGCUGACAAUUUAUCCAUGCGCUUGGCGAAUGAUGCUACAUUUGUUCGAGCAGCUUUUAGCAAUCGACUUUCAAUAUUCGUACAGGACAGUGCUGCAGUUAUUGUUGCUUUUCUCAUUGGUGUUUUGCUCCAAUGGCGAUUAGCACUUGUGGCUUUAGCAACACUUCCAGUUCUUUGUAUCUCUGCAUUUGCACAGAAACUGUGGCUUGCUGGCUUUUCAAGAGGUAUACAGGAAAUGCACAGAAAGGCUUCUUUGGUUCUUGAAGAUGCUGUUAGAAAUAUUUACACAGUUGUUGCAUUUUGUGCUGGUAACAAGGUUAUGGAGCUCUACAGGCUGCAGUUAAAUAAGAUAUUUAUGAAGAGCUUUCUUCAUGGAGUGGCCAUCGGUUUUGGAUUUGGUUUUUCGCAGUUUCUACUCUUCGCUUGCAAUGCCCUUCUACUUUGGUACACAGCAACAUGUAUAAAUAAUGGAUAUGUGCAUCCACCUACUGCACUCAAGGUGUACAUGGUUUUCUCGUUUGCUACAUUUGCACUUGUGGAGCCUUUUGGCUUGGCUCCUUACAUACUUAAACGACGCAAAUCUCUCAUAUCGGUGUUUGAAAUUAUAGACCGUGUACCUAACAUUGAUCCUGAUGAUAGCUCUGCAGUGAAGCCUCCCAAUGUAUAUGGAAGCAUUGAAUUGAAAAAUGUUGAUUUCUGUUACCCUUCUCGGCCAGAAGUGUUGGUCUUGAGCAAUUUCAGUUUGAAAGUCAAUGGGGGACAAACAAUUGCUGUUGUGGGAGUUUCUGGGUCUGGAAAGAGCACUAUAAUAUCUUUGAUAGAAAGAUUUUAUGAUCCAGUUGCUGGGCAAAUUUUUCUAGACGGGAGGGAUUUAAAGCUAUAUAAUUUAAGAUGGUUGAGGAGCCACCUUGGUCUGGUUCAGCAGGAACCUAUUAUUUUCUCAACCACUGUAAGGGAAAACAUCCUAUAUGCCAGGCACAAUGCCAGUGAAGCUGAGGUGAAAGAGGCCGCAAGAAUAGCAAAUGCUCAUCAUUUCAUUAGCAGUUUGCCUCAUGGUUACGACACACAUGUUGGGAUGAGAGGUGUUGACUUAACUCCAGGACAGAAACAGAGAAUUGCAAUUGCUCGGGUAAUUUUGAAAAAUGCACCUAUCUUAUUGUUGGAUGAAGCCAGUUCAUCUAUUGAAUCUGAAUCAAGCCGAGUGGUGCAAGAGGCUCUGGACACACUAGUCAUGGGGAACAAGACCACUAUUUUAAUAGCGCACAGGGCUGCAAUGAUGAGACACGUAGAUAACAUUGUAGUCCUUAAUGGAGGAAGGAUAGUGGAGUCGGGAAGCCACGAUUCACUGGUUGCAAAGAAUGGCCUGUAUGUCCGAUUGAUGCAACCUCAUUUUGGCAAGGCAUUGCGUCAGCAUCGGCUCAUUUAGAAUCAGAGUGUAUGAUGCAAGUAAUUGCAGCUAAGGUUGAUUGGUGAGUUUUAUUUCACAUUAUGCUUGACAACGACUGGUGAAUACUCCACCUCUUGAAAUUUUUCAAGAAUGUCAGGUGGAGGUUUGCAUGUGGCAAGAACGGGAACAAUGAAGCUUAAAUUAGAACUAGGCACUGAUAGUCAUAGAAAGGAGGAAACUGUAGCAGGAAUAGAUGUGUAGAAUUUGAAAAUAGGAGUUCGGUUGGUACGAGGUUUCUGAGCUGUAUGCAUAUUCUUUUGGAGGCAAGCUGUUUGGACUGGCAGUGUUGUCUCCAUUGGUAUAUUGAUUUGUUUCUUAAAAAGAGGAGAGUGGUGGAAUCAACGCUGAUUCUUCUUAGUUGGGGAUCUAUAGCGUGGAUAGAUGAUAAACUUAUUCAUUAAUCAUUACUGUAUUCUUUUUCUUGUUUGUGAAAAUUAUAUAGAAAAUUCAGUCCAUGAGUUGUAACCUCUGUACAUAUAUAGUGAGAGUUUAGAAAAGCUUUCUCUUUUGCUGGUUUACUUAA